AUGCCGGUUCAGAGGGUAGAAGAAACGGCGGGCGGGCGAGUCCGCUGCCAGGAUUUCAGUUCAGAACUGGCCCUUUCCUGCCGGCUGGCCUUGCGGUACCUGGGGCUGUCGGCGGCGGUGGCUCAGCGCCCCCAUCCCUUCACAGGCCCGGAUGGCGAGCUGCUGACUGCGUUCCGUAGGUGGUUGGAGGUCUUACUCCUGGUGAAUGCCCUCCCGGGAUGCACAGUGCUGAUGCUCAUUAUCGGAUGGCCCUUUUACCAGUACCUUGCGAUGCUCCUGAUUAGGACGAUGGCUUUUCAGCUUCGGAUCCGCGAAAAUCGAGCCAGAGCUCGGACCAGACGGCUGCUAAGUUCUGCGUGGACCUGGGGGGUGCUCAGUUUAAGGCUGGGGCCUGUCCAGGAUCCCUUAACCAGACGACGAGUCUGUCUGAUCGUGGCCAAGAUGAAUGAUAUGGAAGAUUGUAAAGAAACUUUCCACAUUCAUGCCUGGGUAGCCGCGGUUCAGGACAUGGAAAGGAGGGCUUGCAGGGAGAAACCCUGGUGGGCUGUAUCCGAGAACUUUGACCUUCCGCUGGUAUUUUACAUGAAAGAAGACCCGGAGGAGCCCAUCUUUGGCCACCUUGACACAGACCUUCACAGCAUCGAGGCGCAGGCCACAUCCUGGUUCACAGCCGCAGGCCACAUCCGAGUCGCCGUAGUUGGACCGCCUGAGGCAAGGCCGUGGCUGUUUGAUAUGAUCUGGAGCUUGGAGAGACGGCGCUCUGACCAGCAGGCCCAAGGCCUCAAGAUACUGCAGCUAGUCCCGAGCCAUCCCCCGACCAAGGACGACCUGGCCGUCUCCCCCAGCACCCAGCUGUUCGCCAGUGCAAGUCUGCUUACCAGGGUGGGCCGGACCGUCUCUGCGGCUUUCCCAGGCUUCCCAUACCAAAUGGUAGCUUAUCCUCGAUUCCCUUUGAUUUCACUCUAUUAGUAAUAAAGGACUGAUACCCCCUGGACAAUUAGGAGGUGAGGGGAAGUUUUGGCUUUGGUGAGAAAUGGCAUUGAUAGAAGUUUGAAUCUGUGACCCAAUGUGCAAAGCCCUGUGCUGUCUUCUUUCCUUCGGAUAAGCUUAUCUGGCCCAGGAGGGUCUUUGAGCAGGUCCGGCACUGAGAUCUGCGGAACCAUGAUGAGCCAGCCACCUGUGCUGCCCCCCGGAGAUGCUGCCCAGCACCGGAGUAGGAAACAGAAAAGACAGCUCUUCCACAAGCUGCUUCACACACUUGCAGCCGGGGUUGAAUGAAGACAGGGGUUUCUAGAAAAGAAGGCUUCUCCUCUAGCGGCCUGUGUCUCACGAUGAGGCUCUUGCAGGUGAGAGAAGACGGUGCCCUGGACUACGGUGUGGUGGUGGACGCGCUAGGAAGUCGUUGAAUUUGGACUAUGUUUUAAAACCAGCAAGAUUUGUUAAUUUCCUGGUUUUUGGCCAGUUUUAAACAAAUGGCAAGAUCAGGAUCAUGGUAGAAAAACACUCAUGAGUCUGGUUGGAAGAAAACCAACCAUACUAUUCUCAAAGGGAAAAUUACGUUUACUUCUUAAUUGAUAACUGAAAGAUUAGUGGCUCAAAACGUAGAAGGAAACCUUUUAUUUUUUUUUAAAAGACAAUUGCAAAAAGACUGUUUUCUCCCUCAAUUAAGUUUCAUACUAAGAAUUAUCAAAUUAACAUUCUGCCUUCUUGGGACUGUAAUUCUGAUCUCUAAAUCCAUUUCACCAGAGAUUUCUGUAUGGGCAUAACUCAUAUAUUAAUACGUAGAAGUUAGUAUCUCAAAUACUGGAUUGAGACUACAUGUAUUUAAACCCUAACUCUACCACUAAAUAGCUUAAUGAUUUUUGGCAAGUUACUAAUAUCUCAGUGCAUUAGU